AUGCCAACCAUGCAGUAUCCAGAGCCAGCAAACGCCGACGGGCUUUCAUACGAGCCCGGAUCGGAGGAAAGAAAGCUUCUGAAGAACGCUCUUGGACAAUUGGAGAAUGUAGUUGCUGACAUCCCAAGCGUUAUUAAUGGGGAACGCAUUUUCACGGGCCGGAAGAGCGAGCAAGUCAAUCCUUGGAAUCGAUAUGGCGCUCCGUUAGCAGUAUAUUACGAAGUUGACGGGGAAACAAUAAAGGCGAAAGCCAUCCCGGGUGCCCUGGAAGCAAGAAAGACCUGGGCAAAUAUGCCUUUCAAACAUCGAGCAGCCAUCUACAGAAGAGCGGCGCACCUUGUUCAGUCUCCAAAAUACCGGUGGAAGCUCCUGGCUGCGACUAUGAUCGGACAAGGGAAGACAUGUGGACAGGCCGAAGGGGAUUGUAUCGCUGAAGUUAUCGAUACUUUGAAUUUCCAUGUCCACUUCUGCGCCCAGCUCUACCAGCAGCAACCGCCAAAACAAUUCGAAUCUUCGUCGAGUAGAUUGGAUUAUCGGGCUCUGGAAGGGUUUGUGCUCGCUGUGUCGCCCUUCAACUUUGCCGCCUUGGGAGCGCACAUUGCUUUCACCCCAGCUCUCCUAGGCAAUGUCAUUCUUUGGAAACCUUCGCCCAUGGCGGUUAUGUCUAACUAUAUUCUGUACGAAAUUAUGGAGGAAGCAGGUCUGCCGAAGGGUGUGAUUCAAUUUUUGCCCGCGGCCAACCCGCAAACAGUUGUGGAGCCAGCUCUUACCAAUCCUCACUUCGCUGGUCUUCAUUAUACUGGCUCUUCGGCAGUUCUGAGAGCCCUUCAUGCUCAGAUUGGCGCCAACGCGCAUAUCUAUAAAAGCUUCCCUCGCAUCUGGAGGCAAAACGUUGACUGGAUUGCUUCUGCUGCAGUCCGCUCAGCAUAUGAAUUCCAGGGCCAGAAAUGCAGUGCCUUGUCCCGUAUUUAUGUCCCGCAGUCUAUGUGGGAUCAGGGUGCUUUGAGAGUGGCAUUAGCUCUAGAAGCAGCCAAGAUGACGCACGGCGAUGACGUCAAACAGCUUCACCAUCCUCUCGGACCUCUAUGCUCGGAGGACUCUUUCGGGCGAUUUCAAAGAUUUGUUCAGUGCGCUAAGGACGAAGGUCACGAAUUGGUCUACGGUGGCAACACAGAUGGCAGCAAGGGGUAUUUUGUUCAGCCUACCAUCUUCAAAACCAAAGAAGGUGGCAAGGAUGCUGAUUUAAUGAGCAAAGAGCUCUUUGGACCUCUUUUCACAGUUCAGACAUAUGAUGAUUCCGCCGCAGGGGGCUUCGGGGAUGUAUGCGCGCUCAUCGAUAGCACAUCCGAAUACGCCUUGGCAGGUUCUGUCUUUGCCCGUGAUAGACAGGCUAUCAGAACUGCAGAUGAGAAAUUGAGAGAUUCAGUCGGUAUGUUUUGCAUCAAUGACAAAAGCACAGGGGCGGUUAUUGGUGCGCAUCCGUUUGGAGGAGCUCGUUCAAGUGGUACAAACGACAAAGCAAAUUCAGUGAAUGUUUUGCUAAGAUUUUCAAGCAUUCGCUGUGUAAAGGAUAGUUAUAUGACGGGUAGCACCACUUUGUCUGCCUGCCAUAUUCCGGAAUAG